AUCUCCUUCUCCUUAUUCUCUGCUCUUCGUCGCUUCUCCUCCCUUCUCGGCACCGGGUAUAUAAGCGGUGGCGGCCUCUGGGUUCUUGUUCCGCAAUGUCGUCGCCGAGAGGAGGAGACAAGGAAGGCGGCCGGGAUGGCGAGCGCCAGAUCCACGUCUUGGCUGUUGACGACAGCUCCGUCGACCGAGCCGUGAUCGCGAAGCUCCUCCGGAGCUCCAAGUACAGAGUGACGGCCGUGGACAGCGCCAAGAAAGCACUGGAGCUCUUGGGAACGGAACCAAAUGUCAACAUGAUUAUUACGGAUUACUCGAUGCCGGAGAUGACAGGGUACGAGCUCCUCAAAAGAGUCAAGGAAUCGCCAACGCUUAGGGAAAUCCCGGUGGUGAUCAUGUCCUCGGAGAACGACCCCGACAAAAUCAACAGAUGUUUGGAGGAAGGAGCGGAGGAUUUCUUGCUGAAGCCCGUGCGGCCGUCUGAUGUGUCCCGCUUGUGCGGUCGGAUGCGCUCGUAG